UUAACAUAACUAACGAGUAGUGAGUAAAAAACAACUUUUCAUCUCUUCUUUGAUGUGUUAUGAUUGCGAAAAUAGUGUUAAGUAAAAAUUUAACUAAAAAAAAAAAAAUAGUUUACGUAUAAUAAUCACGUCUUUAGAUCACUAUAAGAAUCAAUGUAAUAUAAAUAAAUAAGAAACGACACUCAAAAUGAUGAUUUACCAUUGUAAUUUUCAUUCGUUUUAACUCACUACUUAGAACUUACAAAUAAUAAUAAUGUCGGGAUCAAAGCGUUAUGGAUCUAGCUCAUCAUAUUCUUCACACAGUCCUCCAGUUCCUGAACGAUGGAUUAAAUGCCCUCGUAAAUCUUUCACAGCUAUAACUGAUAAAUUUGUGGCAUUCAAAACACCAUUGGAUAGUAAAUAUGAUGAACAAGUACCUAUCAUAAAUAGGUUCAAUACAGAGAUGUUGUUCUCAUCAAUGGCUAAUAUGAAGGUUUGUUUAGGAUUAUGGAUUGAUCUAACAAAAACAAGCCGUUUUUAUGAUAAAUCUGAAAUAGAAAACAUGAAAUGUGGUUAUGUAAAAAUCCCUUGUGCGGGUCAUGACCAUCCACCUACUAGAGAACAAGCUCAAUUAUUUGUGGAUAUAUGUUCAAAAUUUGUUGAUAAAAAUCCUUUGAAAUGUAUAGGUGUUCAUUGCACUCAUGGUUUUAAUCGAACUGGAUUCAUGAUAGCUACUUAUUUAAUAGAAAUAUUGGAUUUUGAUGUUACUAGUGCUAUAGCUCAAUUUGCGGCAGCUAGACCUCCAGGAAUUUACAAACAAGAUUAUAUAGUUGAGUUAUUUCAGCGGUACUCAGAUGAAAAACCUAUUUUAGCUCCAGAACUUCCAGAUUGGUGUUUGGAAUCAGUAGAUGACAACCAUCUUUCAAAUCGACAUGAAUCAUCCUCACGACAUAAACAAGAGUUUAGGGAACAGGAUUCUAAAGAUAGACGAGAAUAUGAACCCAAUAACAAACGAUCAAGAAAUGAGAUAAAUAAUCAAAAUCCAGUCUUUAUGGAGGGUGUGUCAGGUGUUUCAGCUAUUUUUGAUCAACCCAGAUUAGGAAACAUUCAAAAAACAGUUCAAAACUUAUGUAAAUGGAAUAGAAAUGGAUUUCCUGGUUCACAACCUGUUUCUAUGGAUAUCAAAAAUAUGAAAUUAUUAAGUACAAAACCUUAUCGUGUAACAUGGAAAGCUGAUGGUACUAGGUACAUGAUGUAUAUCCAAGGUGAAAAUGAAAUUUAUUUUAUUGAUAGAGACAACAGUGUAUUUGAAGUAGAAGGUUUAAAAUUUUUGCAUAGAAAAAACCUAGAUCAUCAUUUAAAAGACACAUUAUUGGAUGGCGAAAUGAUCAUUGAUAAAGUUGAUGGUCAAAAUAUACCUCGCUAUCUAGUAUAUGAUGUUGUUGCAUUUGAAGGCUUUGAUGUUGGUAAAGAACCAUUUUUUCCAAACAGAUUAAUGCUAAUUGAAAUAGAUAUAAUAAAACCAAGGCACCAAGCUAUGAUUACUGGCCGUUUAAAUAAAACUCAUGAACCAUUUAGUAUACGUUUAAAACAGUUCUAUGAUAUUAAUGCUACUGAUAAGUUGCUCGGAAAUUUUAGUAAAAAUUUAUGUCACGAACCUGAUGGUCUCAUAUUCCAACCGUCAACUGAUUCUUAUGUAGCUGGUACGUGCCCUGAAGUACUGAAAUGGAAACCAUUAGAAUUAAAUUCUGUUGAUUUUAGACUUAAAAUUGUUACAGAGGGUGGAACUGGUAUGUUGGAGUCAAAAGUGGGAUAUUUGUAUGUAGGUGGUAAACAUGAACCUUUCUCUAAAAUGAAAUACACUAAAGAAUUAAAAAACAUGGAUGGAAAAAUAAUAGAAUGUAAAUUUGAAAAUGGGAAUUGGAAGUUUAUGCGUGAACGCGUUGACAAAUCUUUUCCUAACGCUCUUAAAACUGCAAUAGCUAUUUGCCAUAGUAUUGAAACUCCUGUAACAAAAGAAAUUCUCUUGAAGUAUAUUCAACAAGCUUCAUAUAGACAAUGAAAUAUAUGUAUAUUUUUAUAUUAGCUUUAAAUGUUUCACUAUA